AUUUCCCAGUCCACUGCUCAAUCUCUCCAAUGGCUUCCCUUUCCAUCACUUCACCUUCCCACAUACCUUCAUGGCCUCCCAAGACCAAAAACAUCAAUACCCCAUUUGGUAAAAAGGCCCAUCACUUCUCUUUCACCAAUUCAUCUUCUUCCAAACCCAUCUCAAGAAAACACCAUUCCAUUACAUUUUCCAUGAAAGAUGGCCAAUCUUCUUCUUCCUCUUCUUCAGUUGUAGUUUCUGAGAAGCCAAGUGAUGAUGACAGUCAAAAGGAGGGAGAAGAAGGUGAAAAGGGUGAAGAGAAUAAUGAUGAGGAGAAAGAGAAACAGCAAGAAAUGGAUUGGAAGACAGAUGAGGAGUUCAAGAGGUUCAUGGGGAACCCCUCAAUUGAAGCUGCAAUAAAGUUGGAGAAGAAGAGGGCAGAUAGGAAGCUUAAGGAUCUUGAUAGGGAAAGUAGUGAUAACCCAAUUGUAGAGCUGCUUAAUAGAGCCUUAAGAGAUAGUUUGGCUAGAGAGAAGGAGAGGUUGGAGAAAGCUGAAGAGACUUUCAAGGCUAUUGACCUUAACAAGUUAAAGAGUUGUUUUGGAUUCGAUACGUUUUUUCCAACUGAUGUUCGGAGAUUCGGAGAUGGAGGCAUUUUCAUUGGAAACCUGAGGAGACCAAUUGAAGAGGUCAUGCCCAAAUUGGAGAAAAAGCUGUCUGAGGUGGCGGGAAGGGAGGUUGUUUUAUGGUUCAUGGAGGAACAAACAAAUGACAUCACAAAACAGGUCUGUAUGGUGCAACCUAAAGCAGAAAUAGAUCUUCAAUUUGAGUAUACCAAGCUGAGCACUCCGUGGGGUUAUGUUAGUGCAGUAGCAUUGUGCGUUGCUACUUUUGGGACAAUAGCUUUGAUGAGUGGCUUCUUCCUUAAACCCGGUGCUACCUUUGAUGACUACCUAGCUGAUGUUGUGCCUCUCUUCGGUGGCUUCCUGUCUAUUUUGGGAGUUUCUGAGAUAGCCACUAGAGUAACAGCAGCUCGUUACGGUGUGAAACUCAGCCCAUCUUUUCUUGUGCCAUCCAAUUGGACGGGGUGUAUAGGGGUGAUGAAUAACUAUGAGUCGCUGCUUCCAAAUAAGAAAGCUCUCUUUGAUAUUCCAGUGGCGCGCACAGCUAGUGCAUAUAUUACAUCACUGGUACUUGCAGUUGCUGCGUUUGUGGCUGAUGGCAGUUUUAAUGGGGGUGACAAUGCAUUGUAUAUAAGGCCUCAGUUCUUUUACAACAAUCCACUGCUUUCAUUUAUCCAAUUUGUUAUUGGUCCUUAUGCUGAUGAUCUUGGGAAUGUGCUACCCAAUGCAGUUGAAGGUGUUGGAGUUCCUGUUGAUCCCCUUGCUUUUGCUGGACUUCUAGGUAUGGUUGUGACUUCUCUGAACUUGUUACCCUGUGGAAGGCUCGAAGGAGGCCGCAUUGCACAAGCUAUGUUUGGAAGAAGCACUGCCACUCUGCUAUCGUUUGCCACAUCGCUUUUACUUGGUAUCGGUGGCCUGAGUGGAAGUGUCCUUUGCUUGGCAUGGGGAUUAUUUGCAACCUUCUUCCGGGGUGGAGAAGAAGUUCCUGCAAAAGAUGAAAUCACCCCUUUAGGUGAUGACAGAUUCGCUUGGGGUUGUGUCCUUGGCCUCAUCUGUUUCCUCACUCUUUUCCCCAAUGGAGGAGGAACAUUCUCCAGCUCAUUCUUCAAUGCACCAUUCUUCAGGGGUGAUCUGUAAAUAGUAAAAAAAAAACUGCAAGUUCAUAUGUUCUUGUAUGUUAAUGACUAUUUCGACUCUCUCAUUGUAAAUGUAACAUAGAAGAAUGACGAAGAAUGAAAUAGCUCAGAGCAUGAUACUGUAUUUAGUUCCAGGUUUGGUACAGUAUGAAAGUUUGUUCGACUCAAGUAUCCACCUCCCUUU